ACACCCAUGCCCCAGAAGAUAAGUCCAUCAAAACUGAGGACUCUCCUUCAAAUGAAUCUUCUUUGUCUUUGGAUGCUGGAACUUCUUUUUCUCAGAGCCAGAACAGCCAUCAAAAUCUUACAGCCACUUUGCAACAAUCUGUCUUUCAUCAGGCAUCUGAACUCCUGAACCACAUAGGCAAGCAUUUAGAUGGCAUUGAAUUUCAUACAUCUUCUCCUGAAUCUCAGAGGGCAAAACAGCCUGAGAGCUUAGACCCCACCCCGAGGCAAAGGGUGAUCAACCUGACACCAAACACAUCUGCUGCUGUUCAGAUUGCAAACCCCAUUGCUUUAUUCCCCACCAUUCAGUCUAGCACUCCUGAAACAAGCAGUACUACUCUUACUCCACUGCCUACAAGUGCCAUCCAACUGGGAUCUCGUACAGCCUCUCUGCAUCCUGGUGUUGCUAAACCAACUACAAUUGCUACCACCACAGCAACCUCUCCACUGACUGCAGCCACUGGAGCUAAACCUGCUGCCUCUGUCACUAGCAUUGCUGUUACUCGUGUUCCUCUUUCCAGUCCCACAACUUCUACAAUCAAGCAGGUGACCACGAAUUCCAGAUCUGCUACUGCUCCAUCAGGGCUGAGGACUCCAACCAUGUCUCCUGAGCCAACAGCUGUCUCUUCCAAUGGUACCAGCCAUGUAACCCUCCUCACUUUUUCAGCUUUCAUUCUGUCUACUAGUGAUUCCCCCGUGUCUUCCCAAAAUGACCUUCAGGGUUAUGACCCACCUGACUCAGACAGCUACCUGCCAGAGGGUGUUCUGAGAAGGAAAAGUGUUGUUGAGCUGGGGGAGAAAAGCAGCCUUAUAGCAGCUUUGCUUUUUGGGGUGGUAUUCUUGUUGCUAGUUAUUGCAUUGACAGGGAAGAAAAUGCAUGAAUCUCUUCAGAAGAGGCAUUAUACCAGGCUGGAUUACUUGAUCAAUGGAAUGUAUGCUGAUGUCUGA